AUGGACGAAAUAAAAAGUAUACUUGAAAACCUGCAGAAAGAAUUAAUACAGCAAAAAAAAGACAUGUAUGAUAUAAAAGAAGACAUAAAAAACACAAUCAACAACAAUAUAAAUGAAAAGUUUACACACCUAGAAAAUAAAAACCUCCAAUUAGAAAAUAAACUUGCAGAACAUUCCUUGGAACUACACAAGAUUGACAGAUUUUUACGACGCAAAAAUUUAGUUUUCUUUGGAAUUGAGGAAGGAGAAAAGAAGUAUCACGACUUGGAAUACAAAAUAAUAAAUAUAAUAAGCAAAUACUUCGGACUAAGAUUCGAAAACUGUAUAGAAGCUGUCAGAAGAAUAGGAAAAAAAGGUGAAAAGACUAGACCUGUUGUUGUCACGUUUAUUACAUUGGGGCUCAAAAUGAAGAUUUUACAAAAUCAAAAAUGCCUAAAUGAUUCGCCGUACUAUAUCAAACAAGAUUUUUCACCUGAAGUCCAGAAGAAACGUAAGGACCUACAACCACAAUUGCAACAAGAAAGAGAAGCAGGUAACAUAGCCUUUUUGAAGUAUGAUAAACUCAUAGUGCUUCCUGGAAAAAAUAACAACUAUACACAAAAUUCCACCAACAAAAGGCUGCUUUCAGAAUCACCCGAAACAAAUGCAAAAACUUCAUGUAGUGUACAGAACAACAAAAAACAACCAAUUAAGAAAAGCAAGACAAAAUUUUUUCCUGGGGAAAGAAAUAAAACUAAUUCGAAAUCUAAUAUCGAGCAAUAUGUAUUAAAAACUAUACACCAAACCAAUGAAGUGUCUUCACCGCCCUCAAUCAGUAGUGACAUGUCUACAGAUAUUAUACAAACUCAAGAAAUAAACUGA